AUGUCUGGCCAAGGAACUGAAAGGUCUAGAUCGAUGCACUUCACGCCGGAUCCAGAGAGGGGUUCAAGUCAACAGUUUGGUCCGGAGGAAUGGGGUCCGCAUUUUGGAGAUGAGCAAGGAGAGCAAUCGUUUCUAGGCAUUUACGAGCCAAAUAUGUAUAUGCCUGAAUGGGAUGUGCCCGGUGUGACGCCGAGGUACUCACCAGUAAAUUCUACCUGGUACAACACACCAAAGUACAUGUACCCGCCAAAUAGAGAAUAUUCGCCGAUUGGACAGUUCGCUAGCACCCCGAAUCCAAACAUGCCAAGAGGAGACCAAGGAUGUGAGGAGAACCCAAAUGAGCAGAGGGUACCAGAGACUCAGCAAACGCUAAAGAUGAUACAAGAUCUUUUAAACCACAUGAUCCAGCAGCAACAACAGCAGAACCAAAGAAGCCAGCAGGACGAUACUCCAUCGUCUAACUUUUUGAACCUAGUGAUAAUGAUGAGGAACUUAGGAGGCCGCAAGUUCAAGGGAGAGCAGAACACGGUGUUAGCAGACAAGUGGGUAAGAGAAUUGGAGAUGAAUUUCGAGACAUCAAGAUGCCCAAAGGAGUACAAAAAGGUGAUUGCAAUCAACUUUCUGGAAGAAGAUGCACACGCAUGGUGGGAUAGUGUAGUCCCUCGUUACCACUACAUGCCGAUAACUUGGGAGAUUUUCAGGAGAGAGUUCGAGCAGAAGUACUUUCCACCAGAGUCCCGCAAUCGAUUAGAGAAUCAGUUCCUACGUCUGGAACAGGGAGAUAUGAGUGUUCGAGCUUAUGGACAGAUCUUCACUCGACUUCGGAGAUAUUUGUACAAGGGGAAUGAUGACGAAGAUGCUAUGGCCCGUAGAUUUCUUUACAGACUACGACCAGAAGUAAAAGGAAGAUUGCAUGCUGUGACAUACAAGAGUGUCUCUGAGGUGGAAGAGCGAGCAGUGAACGUAGAGGAAGGAAUUGAGCUGGAGAAAGAAGUCAUGGCCCAAGAGAAGAAGAAGGAGCCUGUGCAGCAGAGCAAGGUAGUGAAUUUCCGAAAGGUUAACCAAGUAGCUGGAUGGAACAAAGGUGCGAACCGUGGUAAGGUCAACAUGAUUUCCAACCAAGGAGGACGUACAACGACCAACUUUGAUUCGAGAGAAUGUUUUACGUGUGGUCAACUCGGACACUUUGCCCGAGCUUGUCCGACACUUUCUGAAGCCAAGAGUCCCAAUCUUGCGCUGAUCACAUGUUUCUACUAUGGAGAAAUAAGACACUAUGCGACCUCAUGUCCAUCGAAGCCGACAAAACUGAACGCCCAAACGGUAAACCGUGCUCAGCCAGUGCAGUAA